AUGCAUACAUCAAAUCCAAAGUCCUCAGGCCACCAGAGGGCGCUCGGUAAUGCCUCUCUUCCGGGCUGCCUCGAGAAUGGAGACGUGUUCAGGACCCUGGGACUACCCGACAACUUCAUCAUUGGACUUGACGCCAUGGCAAUGACAACGAGCAAGAGCCUUUCAGGCUUCUGUGAUAUUCCACCUGGCGUCCAUCUUCUCUGGGUCCAGCAACCGGACGGUGUCUCCCGCUGCGGAUAUUGGUUCGUGACAGGGAGCCAAGGAAUGGUUCGAAUCAAGGAAUGGGACGUCUACAAUGAGGUGCUGCAAGAACCGAGCCAGUCCGAGGUAUUCCAAAAGCAUAGUGCGGAAUCUGCACCUCUGGCUUUACAUCCGUACACUCUGCACGCUCAUCGAGGCAAGCCCUUGACGCCAUUGAACAACACACUUCCCAGCUGGGCUCGGUCUCCAACAGCACUCUGGAACGCCCUGACUAGCGCCAUAUCCAACCAUUCUCUCAGCAGAAUCACCGGGAAACGAGACGUCAGCGAAUACCUCGUCGACUCGAUGGAUUCUGCCAGAGACACGCACCGCGGCGAGUCAACCUUUCUCUUCACCCAAGACUUCCGCGAUCUCCAAGUCCUCGAUCUCAGUGGCUCCCUGAAAUCCCGCGUCGUCGACACCUCAGCUCGGAUCCAAGCCUUACUCGCCAACACCACCGAUAACAGCAACCAAUCAUCAUCAUUCUCCGAGCAAGACAUACUCGCCGAGCUGCAGUUCACCUUACUAACCGGCACGCACCUCGGCAGCCCCGCCUGCCUCGAUCAGUGGUGGAACCUAACCCUCAAGAUGAUCCUCCGCGCUUACAACCUCGCCGUCUCCCACCCCCGUCUCACCCGGGACCUCCUCCAGAUCCUCCACGCCCAGCUCUUCUACAACGAGAACUACGUCGGCUCAUCCUCAUCAUCAGCUUCUUCUUCGAAAGCCGCCCAAGCAGACGCAGCCGAUCACCACCACCUCGGCGGUGGCGGUGGUGACCACGCCGCAGCGGACGGCCCGAGCAGGGACAGGCCUAUUUUCCAGUACAAGCCACGGAACAGGGAGAAGCUCCGCGAGGCGCUGGUCGAGUACGGGCGGCGGCUGACCCAAGUGCUACAGGGGCUGGGGGGAAGCGCGGCCAGGAGGCCGGAGCAGGAGGCGGUUGGCCAGGCGUUUGAGGAGCUGGAGACGUGGUUGUGGCGGCGCGGUUGGGACCUGAGGGGCGGUAGCCAUUCUCGUCGGCCGGGACGGGGAAAGGAUGAUGACGACGACGUACAGGUGCCUGACAGCGAUGAGGAUGAGGACGAGCAGCCUGUGGUGGUCGAGCUCGAUGAGAAAGGUCGUGAGAAAGGGUUGAUUUCUUUUAGGGACUAG